AUGCCUCACGCUGAAUCACCGAAUCCGCCAUCAUCACCGCCUGUUGAUGACACAGUCAUGGAAGAGGCCGUGUCUGGCGCCCUCGAUGAACAAGCAGAAUCGCAGAAUGAGACAAGUCAAUCAUCACCUGCACCCCCAGUCAAUAAUGCCGAGAAGGCAUCGCUUGAAGACAUGUUUGACGACGACGACAUGGAUGAAGAUGAUGAGUUCUCGUCGAGUGCGCANGACAAAGACUCAAGCAUCAUCACAACCGGAGCCGUAGGUCAGUCCCUAUCAUCAUUUAGCCAUGAACUAACGCAGCACAGAAAGUCUGGUAACGCCAAUGUCGGUAAAGACGCAGAAGUCUUACGCGCUUUCUAUCAAAGACUCUUCCCUUUCAAGUAUCUAUUCCAAUGGCUAAACCACUCCCCAACGACGACGACCGACUUCAGCAACCGCGAAUUGGCUUUUGUCUUGCCUAACGAUGCUUACAUCCGAUACCAAUCAUUCAACUCGGCCGAAGAAUUGCGCAAGCAGUGCAUCCAACUCACUCCUACACGUUUCGAAAUCGGCCCCGUAUACUCUGCGAAUCCUCGCGACAGAAAAACGCUACGCAACGCAAGUGCCUUCCGACCCCUGGCCAAAGAACUGGUCUUCGAUAUCGAUAUGACCGAUUACGACGAGAUCCGAACGUGUUGUUCUGGAGCUAGCAUCUGCCAGAAGUGUUGGCAGUUUAUAACCAUGGCCAUCAAGGUUAUAGACAAGGCACUUAGAGAAGAUUUUGGCUUCAAACACAUUAUGUGGGUCUACUCUGGUAGACGUGGUGCUCACGCGUGGAUCAGUGACAAGCGAGCAAGAGAUAUGGAUGACAGCAAGCGCAAGUCAAUCGCCGGCUACCUUGAACUAUUGAAGGGAGGUGACAAGACUGGCAAGAAGGUAAACCUGAAGAGACCGUUACAUCCACACAUCGAUUUGAAAAUCCUGAAUGGUUACUUCCAGACCGAUGUGCUGUUAGAGCAAGAUCCCUGGGCAUCAUCAGACAAAGCAGCACACUUGCUGCAACUUCUACCGGAUAAGAGCCUCACAGCGGCACUGCAAAGAAAAUGGGACAGCACGCCACAUCGCAGCAGUACGCAGAAAUGGGCAGACAUUGAUGCUGUAGCUUCCGUGUCCGGCNNUCUCUCUAGUCUCACACCCGAGACGCUCGUACAUGCCAAACAAGACAUCCGCCUUGAGUACACAUAUCCACGGCUUGAUGCUGAAGUUUCCAANAAGCUCAACCAUUUACUCAAGAGUCCGUUUGUCAUUCACCCGGGCACAGGGAGGGUCUGUGUUCCCAUCGACGUUCGCCGGUUUGAGGAGUUUGAACCAGAGAAAGUGCCGACUGUGCAACAAUUGCUAUCCGAGAUUGAUUCAUGGCAAGGCACCGACGACAAAGUGCAAGACUGGCAAAAGACGAGCCUCAAGCCGUAUAUUGAGCUAUUCAGGGAUCAUGUAAAUGCGAUCAUGAAGGAAGAGCGAGCUGCCGAGAAGCGAGGGCGCGAGGAAAGCGGAGAAGGAGUGGAUUUCUAG